CUUUUUCUCUCUCUCUCUUGGGAAAUAUCAAUCGACUUUGUUUCGCGAGCUCUCUCUCUCUCUCUUUCAUCUUCUUCUUCAUCCUGGUGCGAUCUAAAUCUCCUUAUCUGCGAAGCGUUUUUACUGUGAGACUUUUGGCGGGAAAAUGUCGGGGAAAGGUGCUAAGGGUUUGAUUAUGGGGAAACCCAGCGGCAGCGACAAGGAUAAGGAUAAGAAGAAACCUAUCACUCGUUCUUCUCGAGCUGGUCUACAGUUCCCGGUGGGAAGGGUGCAUCGUCUGUUGAAGACUAGGUCAACAGCUCAUGGAAGGGUUGGAGCAACUGCAGCUGUUUACACAGCAGCAAUACUGGAGUAUCUGACUGCAGAGGUUUUGGAGUUGGCUGGUAACGCGAGCAAGGAUCUCAAGGUGAAACGUAUCUCGCCAAGGCACUUGCAGCUUGCGAUUCGUGGAGAUGAAGAGCUUGAUACCCUCAUCAAAGGAACUAUUGCUGGUGGUGGAGUUAUCCCUCACAUCCACAAGUCUCUCAUCAACAAAUCCGCCAAGGAAUAGAGAUGAUGUUUUUUUAGUUACCGCAUUUGUCAUGCUUUCCCCCUUUCUGUUUCUUAAGUAAUUCCGAGAGUCGUGUUUGAUAAAGACGCUAGAGAGCUCUUUUUAGGAUGGUUUGCUUUAUUGUUCAAUCGGCGUACCUUUUGUGUUAGAGACUUCUUGAGUCGAUUUAUCUAUCUUUAAACAUGUAUUCGAAUGAUUCUCUAAAAAACCAUUUCUGACUGGUUUGUUUGUAUCAAAGUAACAGUUCAUCA